CGGCGCCGCCAUGACGGAGCCGUCGCGCGGGGCACGCCGGGACUUGUAGUCCUGGUCUGGGGGCGGGGCAAACGGCCCUGCGCUCCUCCCAUUGGCUGGUGGCGGCUCAGCCUUCUGGCGCGCGCCGGAAGUAGCUGCUGAACGGCGGAGACUUUGAACGGCGGUGCGGGCGGCCAUGCAGGUGGGGGCCGGCUGGCAGCCGCGCCUCCUCCGGCAGGUGCUGGGCUGGAGGGUGGUGGCCGCCGUCGCCUGGUCUGUGCUGCUGCUGCCCGUCUGCACUGCGGCCUUCAUCGUCCUCAGCGGCCUCGACCCCUUCCACCCGGUGCGCUGGAUCUCCAAUUCUUUCAAUGAUUUCUAUACUUCCUAUGUCAUCUUUUGUAUCUUCUUCAUGUCUGUGGUGAUACUGGUAAUAAGCAUCUUCAAUGUUGAAUUUUAUGCAGUUGUGCCAUCAAUACCGUGCUCUCGAUUAGAACUCAUAGGAAAAAUUAUUCACCCUCGCCAAGCUAUCCAUUCGGUUGUUCAUGCUGUAAUGGGAAUGUUGGUUGCUUGGUGCGCUGCGGUUAUGACGAAAGGGAAGUUCCAGUUUCUUGCUGUGCCCUGCACACCUUCAGAAAGUCCAGGUGAUGCUGUUCCUCAGAAGUGCCUAAAUGAAUAUCACCUCUUUUUUCUACUUUCUGGAGCUUUCAUGGGAUACAGUUAUAGUCUUUUUUAUCUUAUGAACAAUAUGAAUUAUUUACCAUUCCCAAUCAUACAGCAAUACAAGUACUUGCGUUUCAGAAGAUCUUUACCUCUCCUCAUUAAACACAGUUGUGUGGAAUCACUGUAUUUUGUUAGGAACUUCUGUGUCAUAUAUUACUUUUUUGGGUAUAUCCCAAAGGUAUGGAUAUGCACCACUAUGGAUCUUCAUGUAGACAGUAAAUUGUAUCCUCUUGACACUCUGACUGGCUUAUUGGAUCUCUCCUUGUUUUACCAUGCCUGGUUAUGUGGUGUAUUUCUUCUGAUUACCUGGUACAUUGCAUGGUUGCUCUUCAAAAUCUAUGCUACAGAGACACAUCAUUUUCCUGUACAGCCAACUUUUGCUGAGGAGACAGACCAGUGCCUGCCUAAAAUCUUAAACAGCAACCCUCCCCUCAUUAUAAAGUUUUUAGCCUUACAAGACUUGAUGUUACUUUCCCAAUAUUCUCCUGUUCGACGACAGGAAGUCUUUAGCCUUAGUCAGCCAGGUGGGCACCCACACAACUGGACUGCGAUAUCAAGGGAGUGUUUGAGUCUUCUGAGUGAUCUGACCCAGAGGCUGGUCGCACAGCAGGAAGCUGCAGCAGCAAAUGGGAGAGCAAAGCAGCCAGCAGGAGAGCUGAAAGUAUCUCCACAGACUCCAGGAGCUGUUGCGGCAGAAGAUGUACCUUUGCAGUCACAGAGAUCUAAUAUUGUUCCCAGAGCCUCCAUGUCUUCACUGGUUAAGUCAUCCUUAAUGCCUUUAAAGACAUCGCCUGGGUCUGAAGUUGGUUCACCUUUCAGCUCACCUGCUUUAAAUUGCAAGAUGAGAAUUCAGGAUGUAAACUCUCCUUGGCAAGGAUCAGUCCCAAGUCCUGAAGCUAGGAGAAGAGGACCAAAGCUGUGGACAUCAGGUUCAGAUCUGCAAAUGAACGGUUCUCACCAUGAAUCCUUCCCAGUCCUCUCCGCAAGAGUUGGCAGCAAGGCAGUACAGCCAAGCUUUAUUUACACGUGGCUUCGGAACAAGCAAGAACAGAUAAAAAACUUUUUGUCAAAACGAGUCCUGAUAAUGUAUUUCUUCAGCAAGCACCCAGAAGCCUCCAUCCAAGCUGUUUUCUCCGAUGCCCAAAUGCAUAUCUGGGCUUUAGAAGGUCUAUCUCACUUGGUAGCAGCUUCCUUUACUGAAGACCAAUUUGGAGUUGUCCAAACUACACUGCCAGCUAUCCUGGAUGCUUUACUGACUCUUCAGGAGGUUGUAGACAGAUACUUCAAACUGCCUCAUGUUUCUAGCAAGCCCUCCAGGAUUUCAGGAAGUCUGGUGGACACGUCCUACAAAACACUACGAUUUGCACUUAGAGCAUCUCUGAAAACAGCACUGUACCGGAUAACUACUGUCUUUGGAGAACACUUGAAUGCAGUGCAAGUGUCUGCGGAGCAUAAGAAAAGACUUCAGCAGUUCUUGGAAUACAAAGAAUAAAUAACAGAUUUUGAUGCAGCUAUGUUUUUUUUCUUGGCAUGAAGAAACUGGGGGUAAUGAGUCUUUUUGUCUUGGCUUUUUGGAAAAGCAUAUGGAAGUACAAGUCACAGAGCAAAACUCCUAGAACUUUAGAAGAUGUCUUCUGGGUUUAGAUCAUCUUUUGUAUAAUAAAGCUUUUUUUUUAAAAAAAAAAAAAAAUCAAUCUUGCUACCUUUCAAUAUCACUUACAAAUGAGAAAGUGUCAGUUCUUAUUUUAUGUAAGACUGACAUUUGGGAUGAUCAGAGUGACCUUGCCACUCAAAUCCUUCACUGGUUUUCAUGCUGUGUUCUUUUCCUACUCUUUCCUGCUAAAGGGCUGAGUGGAGAUUUACACAGAUACUCAGUGUGCCUCAGUGUUUCAUAAAUUUAGUGUGUGGUACUUUUAGUGCAGACCAAGUAUGUACUGUAAGAGCAGGAAACAGAUGUGCCCAGGAAUAAAACAUGCUGCUCUUCUGUUAGAUGGAAAUAUUCUAUCAGAGUAAAAUGGAUGUGCAGAAAGGCAUUGGUAAGACACAAAUAUGGCUUGAAAAGCUCCCAGUUUGGAUUUUAUCUUUAAGGUGACCCAGGAAAUGAGGUUCUGAUCUACGCUGAAGCAUACAAGAAACAUUACUGCAUUUAGUAAAACUCCAAGUAAUGGCAUUGUGAAUUAAACUUUAGAUCAACAGCUCUCUCUUCAGGUGUAGAGGAAGGAUGUUUGCAGCAUAUCCAACUUUUUUGAGAUAACCUACGUUAUAUUUCUCACCAGAAGCUACCAAUCACUUUUCAAAAGCAUUUUUAAAACCUUCUUAUGUGGAAGUAAACCUGUCCAAAUGAUUUGAAAAUUGACUACUUUGUUUUUAAACUGGCUCCAUGUACUGCGAUAUCCACACUAGAAAACAUGUAUGCAGUGCAAAGAGCUUAGAUGUAGCUGCAGUACCUUACCAUUUUGUUCCUUUUCUGUUGAGGUGGCUUACAGCAAAUGCCAUAAGGCAGUGAACUGUUUUGUUAUAGUUAAAGGUUAAGCACGGUCCUUUAAAGCUUCCCCAAGCUUAGCUUCUACCACAGGUUUGACCAUUAUGUCAAGGCCUCUUCCCCGCCUGGCUUAUUAAAUAAUUUAAUUUGCUUAUUAGGGUAUUGCAGUGUGCACCUGGAGUUAAUAUGAACUUGGGUGUAACUGUUGACCUGAACCAAAUGCUUCAGCCAAAAGUUUCAAAUACGUUUUUAAUUCAUUUAAACAGGUGCAGAAUAUUUUUUUUUAUUGCUCUGGUAUUUUCUGCAACAUUCCCACAACUGUAAGCUGUAAGUUGUAAUUAACAGUGUUACGGCUGUCAGCAGCCGGCUUAAAACGUAGACUUCUUUUUGAUGCCAAAGUGCUUGAGGUCUGUCCUCCUCGUGUUGCAGUAGAGAUUUGCACAUGACAUCUGCUAAUGUGCGUGUGAUUCACGGCAUUCUCUGUGUAUGACAGAAGAGCUUUCAAAAGCCAAGUGCUUUGUGGUUUCUUUAAAAGCUCCCAUUUUUAAGUUGGGUUUUUUUUUAAACUUUUACUCAAAAGUGCACCUUUAACAGUAUCUCAUGCUCAUGAAUGUAAGUGUUCAAGAAUAUAAAGUAUAUGUUGGGUGCCCUCUGAAUGUGCAGUAACUGGCUUGCACAACUCAAAUGGCAAACAUCUUAUUCUAGUUUUGGCUUUGGAAAUAAUCAUAUUCCUCUGGCAAACCGUGCUGG